GAGGAGUGGGGGAGGAUUAACCGGCUGAUCUGCGACACGCGCUCGCUCACACACACACACACACACACACAUUUAAUAUAAACACACAACGACGCAGCAUCAGACCUUCAUCUGGAUCAUCAUCAUCAUCAGCAUCAGCAUCAGCAGCAGCGAGGACGAGAGACAAAGAGACACACAGACAGACAGACAGAGAGAGACGAGAGGUGGAGGGAGGCGAUCUUCACCAUCUGACAGCAGACAGACAGGAGAGAGACAUACAGGAGAGAGAGACAUACAGGAGAGAGACAGACAGGCCUUCAGUAGCUCCAGCGCCUGUCUGUCUGCGUUCAGUGAUGGCCGACCACAUGUUCCUGUGUGUCUGCUGAGUGUGUGUGUGUGUGUGUGUAUUAGUAGGUGGGUGUGUUCAUUGUGUUGUGUGUGUGAUCAGUGUGUGAGUGUGUGUGCAGUGUGUGUGUGUGUGAUGGGGAACGCAGAGAGCAUGGAGAGCCAGCUGGCCGUGAUACGGUCCAGAGCCGCCCCGGUUCGACUCCCGAUGCCCGACCCGGCUGAGCUGGAAGAGAGGUUCUCUAUCGCACUGAACUCGAUGAAUCUUCCUCCUGACAAGGUGCGUCUGCUGCGUUCCUAUGACAACGAGAAGAAGUGGGAGCUGAUCUGUGAUCAGGAGAGGUUUCAGGUGAAGAACCCUCCACACACCUACAUCCAGAAACUGAGAGGCUUUCUCGACCCCGCCGUAACGCGCAAGAAGUUCAGAAGAAGAGUUCAGGAGUCAACUCAGAUGCUCAGAGAGCUCGAGAUUUCACUUCGCACAAACCACAUCGGGUGGGUCAGAGAAUUUCUGAAUGAGGAGAAUCGAGGUCUGGAUGUCCUGGUCGAGUAUUUGUCCUUCGCUCAAUACGCUGUAACAUUUGAUGGCGAGCAGUCAGAGACCGGAGGCGAGGUCUCGUCCAUAGACUCUCCGUGGAGUCGGUCCAUAGAGGAUCUCCAUGGCGACUGUAGCCUCCCAUCCCCAUCAUCCUCCGUACCCCGCGCAGCUCGCCACUCCAUCAGUUCCACUCUAGUGACUCGAUCCAACACUCUACCGAGUCGUCGAACUCUGAAGAACUCACGGCUCGUCUGUAAGAAAGACGACGUUCACGUUUGUGUCAUGUGUCUGAGAGCCAUCAUGAAUUACCAGUAUGGCUUCAACAUGGUGAUGUCUCACCCUCACGCUGUCAAUGAAAUUGCCCUCAGCCUCAACAACAGGAACCCCAGGACGAAGGCUCUGGUGUUGGAGUUGUUGGCGGCAGUCUGUUUGGUCAGAGGAGGACAUGAAAUCAUCCUGUCAGCCUUCGACAACUUCAAAACUGUGUGUUCAGAGUCGAUGCGUUUCGAGAAGUUGAUGGAACAUUUUAAGAACGAAGAUGACAACAUCGACUUUCUGGUGGCCUGUAUGCAGUUCAUUAACAUUGUGGUUCAUUCGGUGGAGGACAUGAACUUCAGAGUCCACCUGCAGUACGACUUCACCAAACUGAACCUGGACGAACACCUGGAGAGGCUUAAGCACACAGAGAGCGACAGGCUGCAGGUGCAGAUUCAGGCGUACCUGGACAACGUCUUUGAUGUUGGGACGCUGCUGGAGGACGCAGAGACCAAAACUGCUGCUCUGGAACGAGUCGAAGAGCUGGAGGAGAGCCUGGGCACGAUGUCGGAGCGUCUGCUGGACGUGGAGAACGAAGCGAUGCUGAAGAUCGUCGAACUGGAGAAACAACUGAUGCAAACCAACAAGGAUCUGGACCAUGUCAGGGAGGUGUAUGCGAGUGCGAACUCUCAGGUGCACACCUUGCGGCGGAUGGUUCGGGAGAAGGACCAGACAAUCCGGCGUCAGAGUCGUCUGGAGCGUCAGGCUCAGGAGGCCCAGCAGGCCGGAGGACCCGGAGCUCCACAACCACAGAGAGGAGAGGGGGAUGGGGGGGUGGCUGACUCCGCCUCCCCCUCCCCUCCCCCCUGUCCUAACUUGUCCCCCAGUCCUGAGACUGUAGCUUAUCACAGCAUGGGACCAGGGAUGGGCGGAGCUCCAGGAAUGCAAGCCCCGCCACCUCCCCCGCCCCCACCACCAAUGCCAGGCACAGUGUCUAAUGGGUCGUACCCUGUACCUCCUCCCCCUGCUCCUCCUCCUCCACCUCCUCCCCCUCCUCCCCCCUGUCGGACCAGUGAGCUGUCCUCCUCUGUACCCAUGCCUCCCCCUCCUCCUCCUGUGGCCCCCCCUCUCCCGGGCUCCGGGGGGUCGCCUACGGUCAUCUUUAACUCGGGACUCGCAGAGGGUCCUCUCAAGUUAUUUUCGGUGAAGAUAAAGAAGCCAAUCCAGACCAAGUUCAGGAUGCCAGUGUUGAACUGGGUCGCCUUGAAGCCGAGUCAGAUCAAUGGGACCGUCUUUAAUGACAUUGACGAUGAGUCCAUCCUGCAGGACCUGGAUGUGGAAGGGUUUGAGGAGCUGUUUAAGACAAAGGCUCAGGGUCCAGCGGUGGACCUGACUCUGUCCAGACAAAAACUUCCUCAGAAAGGCCCGUCCAAAGUUUCUCUGCUGGAGGCCAACAGAGCCAAAAACCUGGCCAUCACUCUAAGGAAGGCCGGUCACGGGUCAGAGGUCAUCUGUCGCGCAAUCCACAUGUUUGACCUGCGGACGGUUCGGGUCGACUUUGUGGAGUGUCUGAUGCGUUUCCUGCCAACGGAGGCAGAGGUGAAGCUUCUACGGCAAUAUGAGAGGGACAGAAAACCUCUGGAAGCUCUGAGUGAUGAAGACCGCUUCAUGAUGCAAUUCAGUCGCAUCGAAAGACUCAAUCAGCGAAUGUCGAUCAUGACCUUCAUGGGGAAUUUCAGUGACAAUGUCCAGAUGUUAACUCCGCAACUCCACGCUAUGAUUGCUGCUUCAGUUUCUAUAAAAUCAUCUCAGAAGCUCAAGAAGAUCCUUGAGAUCAUCUUGGCUCUGGGGAACUAUAUGAACAGCAGUAAGAGGGGAGCUGUGUACGGGUUCAAACUGCAGAGUUUAGACCUGCUGCUGGAGACGAAGUCAACCGACAGGAAACAGACAUUGCUUCAUUACAUCGGCAACGUGGUGAGAGAGAAAUAUCCUUCAGUGGCUCUGUUUUACAAUGAGCUUCACUACGUCGAUAAAGCAGCUGCAGUGAGUCUGGAGAAUGUGCUGUGUGAUGUGAAGGAGCUGCAACGCGGCAUGGAGCUCACCUGGAGAGAGUUCAGUGUUCAACACAAUGGCACACUCAAAGACUUCAUCAGCAGGAACGAAUCAAGACUCAGCAAGCUGCAGGAGGACGCACGCAUCGCUGAGGAUGCGUUUGAAGAUGUGGUGAAAUUUUUCGGCGAGAGCUCCAAGACAAUGCCGCCGUCGGUCUUCUUCCCUAUCUUUGUUCGUUUCAUUAAAGCGUACAGGCUGGCAGAGGAGGAAAAUGAGCAGAGGAGGCGUCAAGAGCAAAUGUUACUAGAGAAGCUGGAGCAGGAGGAGCAACAAGAGCAGGAGCAGGAGACCAAGUCUCCAUCCCACCGAGGGAAGCGGCAGCAGCAGGAGCUGAUCACUGAGCUUAGACGACGACAAGGAAAAGACAGCCGCCAUGUUUACGAAGGGAAGGACGGCGCCAUAGAGGACAUCAUCACAGCUUUGAAGACCGUCCCCUUCACGGCCCGAUCGGCCAAACGCAGCUCUCGUUUCUUCUGUGACCCCGCCCACUCUGAGGAGCACUACUGAGAGAGAGAGAGAAAGAGAAAGAGAGAGGGAGAGAGAGAGAGAGACGAUGACGUCACGCCCACUUCUAAUCGAUGGGACCAAUUAGCACUUUGAACAUUUCUGAUCAAUCGAUGUGAACUGAUGACAUCAUGUUUUUUAUGUUAUUUUAUUGGUCCGUUUGUGCACAGACCGGAUGCCCAGACACCAGCUGACCUUUGACCUCUGACCUUUAGCUGUUCCACUCUGGCCUGAAAAUUCAAAAAUGUGUCUAUUUAAAGUAUCUUAACUGAGCAGCAGCUGUCCUCAUUUCUGAUCCGACCACAUCAACGUGCUGAUCUGGUGUCAGUCUGGUUAGAUAAGAAACACUCAGUAACUGUUGUUGAGCUUUUGAUGAUAUCACAUGGUCUUCCUCAGUACAUGGAGAUGUCCAGUUGUCAUUGAAUGGGUGUUCAGAGUUACAGUUCUAAGCACUUUAAGGGCUUCUUUUCCUUGUGGGCUCAAACAUUUAAAGUUCAUUCUUAGAUGAAAAAUAUAAUAAUUUAAACGUCAACCAGGCCGUUUUAGUUCCUUGACCAGAAUGAAACGGUGGAAGGAGAACUGGUACGAAAAGAAGAUGUACUUUUUAAAAAUACCACAAGCUCAACAAACCGUGGGCCGCUUUCGACCACUGGUGGCGCUCCUGAUGAGCCGGUCCAACAUGGAUACACUUCAUAAUUUCAUGAAACUCACGGCUGACUUGGAUGAAGAUUAAUUCACUUGGUGAGGAAACUUUUUUUAAGUAAACCCCUAAAGGUUCUCUUCCUGUGUAAAAGGUGUGCAGGUUUCAAAGUGCCUGCUUCCAAACUCCUGGUUAUGCGUCAGUAGGUCUGUGGUUCUGUGGUUGUUCUGGGUUCCUUUCGAUCUGUCUCGAACUGGAUCUUGUACAGGGAUCUACUUCCUUUCACUACAUUGUGUUCUAUUGUGUUCUACUGUAUUUCCUAGCCUUACCAGAGCUGGAGAGAGUCUUGCACCCUUCAUGAAGUAAACAGUGUUAAUGAGAUCAUCAUUAAAAAAAAUGGCUCUGGUUUGCUCUUGCUAGACCCAGUCCCCGUCCUGACCCCGACCCCUCAACCAUCAGAGACAUCAACCUCAGUCUCACUAACAUUAUCCAAGUUUGCUGAUGACUCAGGUGUGUACUGCAGUUCAAGGUGUCGUAGUGAGGGGGCAGUGUAGCUCACAACAAAACAUGGCCACCCAUUUUGUUUCUAUACAGCUGAGAGUGUGAGCUGAUUAAACUGAAGAUAAACUGAAGGCACUCGAGGACAACUUCUGUCCAGAACAUGAAGGUGUGGACAUGAGGGACAUGGAAAGACCUAAAGAGACGUGGAGGACCGACCUGGAAAAAUCUGGACAAAAUGAACAAACAGAAUGGAACUGUAGUGUUGUCCUUCAUUGUUCUUGGUGUCCCUGUUGGCCUGUGGAGAGUCCGGUCCGAGCAGUCCUGUAUCAGCACCCCUUCCACCCCCCCACCUCCAACCACCCCCACCCCCUUUAUUUCAGAUCAUCUGAAGACAAAAAAAUUAAAAAGAGCACAAAGUUUUCUACGUGUACAAAUAUUUUCUAGAGAACUGUAGCGUUGCUCGUACUCUGUGUGGUGUUUGUUGGUUGUUGGUGGUGAUUCUGCACUUGGUGGUGUAAAUAAACACACCCUGUCUCCCGA